GAUAGGCUCGUCGUCGGCUCCAGAUUUUUUUUUCGUCUCGAGACCAAGGCCGAACUGGUCGCGAACACUCACCUUUUGAACGGCGCCUUUCUCAUAUUUGCCUCGGCGACAAACCCCCCUUGCCUUUCCGAACCGGUUCUCAGCAGCGCGCCGGCCGAAUCUGACAAGAGAAUCACCGCAAUAGCAAACUCCACAAGGCGCUGAUCGAUCGACUCGCCACCAUGCGCCCUCUCACAGAACAGGAGAGCAAGACGCUCUUCACCAAGCUGGCCAACUACACGGGCAGCUCGCUCAAGAACCUCAUUGCGCCGCUCGACGACUCGCCGAAUGCCGAUCGCUUCGUCUUUCGCCUCGUCAAGGAUCGCGUCUACUACGUUCGCCUGUCAAUCGCCAACCUGGCCACGUCUAUAGCGCGCGAGAAGCUACUGUCCCUGGGGACCUGCAUUGGCAAGUUUACCAAGACCGGCAAAUUCCGCCUGCAUAUUACCGCGCUCGAGAUCCUCUCCGAGCACGCCCGAUGGAAGGUCUGGGUGCGGCCCAACGGAGAGAUGCCGUUCCUGUACGGCGGCAACGUCGUCAAGGCGCACGUCGGGCGAUGGUCCGACGACUGCCCCGAGCACCAGGGAGUCGUCGUCUACAGCAUGAAUGAUACGCCUCUGGGCUUCGGCCUCACUGCGAGGAGCUCGGCCGAGGCGCGGCGGCUUGACCCGACGGGCAUAACCGUCUUCAGGCAGGCCGACUGCGGCGAGUACCUGCGCGACGAAGACAAUCUGUUUGCUACGACCUAGCUGGGGAGGCCUGUAUAGAAUUGACGGGAAUGGAUAUUCUGUCGGCGUUAGAAUCCGGGCUUUUUUUUUUUGGAACAUGGCAACGGCGUUGAUGGGCAAAACAAUUACGGGCAACUUACAGGGCAUGUGAAAUGGAAAAUUCGUCGGUUCACGUUGAUUCAUUUCUUCCAAUAAGGAACUGAUGCUGCCUCCUCGGCCUCGAGGACAAAAGGAAAAGAAAUAAACGCCUCUGAUCAACGUCCAUGCUAGUGCUCAAUGCAAAUCCCGGAUCGGUGUGACUGGGCGGCUCUCUGGCCUGAAGAAGCCAAUGUGCGACCGGUCAGCAACG